UCCGAACUCGGAACUCGGGUUUAUCGUUCCAGUAUGACGUUCGAGCUCGGAAGUAUGACCUCGGAGGCGGAAAUUGCAAAUGGAACGCACCUGCGCAUCGGAAUUCCGACUCGGAAGGUCGGAAAAAACCCCACUACCCCUACUUCCGGGGUCGGAGUUUCCGAGUUCCGAGGUAAACUGGAACGCAGCAUCCCCUCCUCGCUGUCCGCCGCUGCCCCUCACAGGGUGUCGUGCGACGAAGGGCGUCAACAAGUGCCCCACAAGUGUGACCCACUUCCAAAUCAACACUGUCAAGUAGACACUGUGUACUACACUGUUGUGAUAAGGUUUUAUUUUGGUCGUCAGGAGGCAAGAAACUGAUGACACCAUCAGUUUGCUGCCAUGGAGAUGGGUGUGUUGAUUUCAUCCCAAAGGACUGUGUGUUCAUCAUGUCUUGAUUAGAGGCACUGCAGGGUUUAUGCUCUUCCAUUAAGUUUGGGUACGAAGGACUCUUGGUGCCACGACAGAAAAAGAAAAACGGAUCAGUAUCACUUUAUAGCAUAUAUGAUAAUAAUAUAUUUUCACGGUAUAGCAAUAUUGUUUCAUGAAAUGUUUGUAUGUUGUGAUAACAGGAAAAUAUCUUGUUAUCACAAUAAACAUUUCAUCUUUAAAACGUGAUACUGAUCUGUUUUUCUUUUUCUGGCAUGGCAGCAAUAUACUGUACUUCUGUAUUGAAGACGAAUGUUAAAUAAAUUUAAAAAGUAGGGGUCAAAAUCAAGGCAGCAGAGUAGAUAGCCAGACUUUUACUCCCCACAAACUCUUAUACACGUAGUUCACUCUGUAUAGGUUUAUUGAUAGUGGCACAUACAUAUCUAUUGUUGGGCUCUAUAGUUCAAUCAUCAUUGCAGCCUCAUGUGCAGAGGGAGACCUCUUUGGUUUUAUCUGGAAUGGACGAAUUCCCAGAGGACUGCAUGACAUCUGUUGUGCUUUCCUUGCAUAGAGACCGGCAUCACCAGGCAGUGUACAGCUAGACCUGGCUUGUUGUUAGGUGAACCACACUGUGCUGCCGGAUGCAUCUGUUUGAAUUAUUGUCCAAGAAAGUGUGACGCUCGUGUAGAUGGGAACAAGAUCAAGAGCAAAGGUCAUCUACAUUUCAAAAAAUGUGUUAGUCUACUGCUAAACUUUGGAGAAUGGAUAAAACGGGUGGUGUUGGUGUUGGAGGAAACCACUGGCAGAGACUCCUCCAGAGGCAUCGGGGGCAGAAAGUGAAUGAGGAAGGAAAAGAUGGAGCCAAGGACCAAGGGAAACGAAACACCUUUGUGGAUUUGAAAUUGAAAGUGAAUUGGAAAGAGUGGGUGGUUGACCCAGCAGAACAUUUUUAUUAUGUCUGGCUACAGGUCAUGAUCUUCCCCAUUGUCUACAACUGGGUGAUCAUCAUUCUGAGGACAUGCUUCACUGGAAUUGCCAUGAGCUACCUGCCUGUGUGGCUUACGCUGGACUAUCUGUCAGACCUCAUGUAUAUUGUUGACAUGAUCAUCACUGUUCACACAGGUUACUUGGAUCAGGGCAUCCUGAUAAAAGAGCUAACUCAACUGAAGAAGCGGUACCUGCACUCCAAACGUUUCUUAAGGGACUUGGCUUCCCUGCUGCCGACUGACUUUCUCUACUUUGCCGUUGGCAUCCAAACUCCGAUGGUGAGGAUCAACCGCCUUCUGCGCAUGCCCCGACUCAACGAGGCCUUGGAUCGCAUGGAGACAAGAACCUCCUACCCUAACACCUUUCGCAUCACCAAGCUCAUGAUCUACAUCUUUGUGUUGAUCCACUGGAAUGCCUGUCUCUACUUUGCACUGUCCAACUACAUCGGCUUUGGUAGUGAUCUCUGGGUCUACCCAAACAUCACCAGACCAGAGUUUGCCUCCAUGCGUCGUCAGUACUUUUACUGCUUCUGGUUCUCUGCCCAGAUUUUCACCACAGUAGGAGACACCCCUCUGCCGAAGAGGGAAGAGGAGCAAUUGUUUAUGAUUGCAGACCUGCUCAUUGCCGUGCUGGUAUUUGCAUCUAUUGUUGGCAAUGUCGGUAAUGUAAUCUCAAGCUUAAGAGAUCGUGAUAAUGUCUUCUUCCCCAACCAUGAACUGGUAAAGGCAUACCUGCGUAGCCAUCACAUUAGCAAGGAGCUUCGCCAGCGCAUAGACAACUGGUACCAGCAUCUGCACAUCAACAAGAAGAUCAUGCGAGAGAAUGAAAUCCUGCAGCAGCUGCCUGUACACCUGAGGACAGAGAUUGCUGUCAGCGUUCAUCUUCCCACACUUUCCAAAGUCACCAUCUUCCAGAGCUGCGAGAAAAGUUUGCUGGAGGAGCUGGUGCUUAAGCUCACGCCUCAGGUAUUCAGUCCAGGAGAGUACGUCUGCAGGAAAGGAGAUGUGGGCCAUGAAAUGUACAUCAUCAAAGAAGGGAAACUUGCAGUUGUAGCAAAUGAUGGAGUCACAGAGUAUGCUGUGCUCAGUGGAGGGAAUUUCUUUGGGGAAAUUAGUAUUCUCAACAUCAAAGGUAACAAGUCAGGCAAUCGUCGCACUGCCAACAUCCGAAGCAUUGGCUACUCUGACCUGUUCAGCUUGUCCAAAGAAGAUCUUACAGACGUGUUGUCUGAGUUCCCUGCAGCCAAACAUCACCUGGAGGAGAAGGGCAGACAGAUCCUCACCAAGAUGGGCAUGUUAGAGGAGAGUGGGGAGGGAGAGGAGGAGGAGGAGGCAGAAAAGGUCGAAACCAAGAUAAACAGGUUGGAGAGUACCUUGGAGGUGCUGCAAACAAAACUAGCUCGACUGAUGAUGGAGUUAGAGUCGAGUAACAGCAAGAUGCAGGCCAGAGUGGAGCAGCUGGAGAGGGAAGUGGCAGCACUGGAGACUCAGCCAGAAGAUGGUGAGGAAGGAGAAAGAGCACAGGGAAGAGGUGACGGGGUGGGAGAGGACAUUGAAUGGGAGCGAGAGGAGGCAGAAGGAGAGGAAGAGGAUGCUGCAGAUGCUAAAGUGAAAAAACUGGGACAGGGAGAAGAUAGCAAUGAUGUGACCAAGGAGGGAGAUGGAGAGAGCACUAAAAGCACAAAGGAAGAUGUGGAGAGAAUGGUGGAGGGAGAUAUAUAUGGGCCGAAGGAACCAGAUGACCAACCAAAGAAAAAAGACAAUGACGGAGACAAAAUCCCAGAUAUAGGAGAUGACAGACCUGGGAAAGGAGAUGGAGCUGAAAUAGAUCCUGAAGACAAGACAGAGGAGAAGAGUGGAGAAAGCGAAUCUGAGGCCGGGAGAGAAAAGGCUGAAGAAGAACAAAGAGGAAUGGGGCAGAAAGAUGAAGAGCAAAAAAAAAAGAAUUGAAAAGCAAAAUAACUGUUAAGGAGAAUGAAGUUUAAAAAUAUCUAAAUGUGUAUUUUCUAUUUCGUUUAUAAUAAUAAAACAAUGAAAAACCUCAGCA